GCAGAGCUUCAGUCUGGAAUUGCAGUACAAAUCUUGAAAGUGUUUUGUUGUAUGAUAUUACUAAGAAUGAGUGUAAGGAGUUGGCAGCCCUUCCAUACCCCGUGUCUGAAAUGGCCACAGUUAAGUGGGGUGAUGACAGUGUGAUCAUGGUUGGAGGUACUGACAGUAAAGGUCAACCAUUAAACAAAAUUUUCUUAUACAACAUCAAAACCCAGAGGAGUCAUAUGUUGCCAGACAUGAAGUAUAAGAGGAGAGGAUGUGUGGCUGCAGUUGUCAGAGACACUGUGAUUGUCAUGGGAGGCAAAAAUGAAAGAGAAAAGUGCUUAAAGUCUGUAGAAUGUUUUCGAUUUGAUCGCUAUAGCUGGCAAGAACUUCCAGAAAUGCACACAGCAAGAGGCUUCGCUACUGCAGUU